CGGUCGCCCGUCAACGCCGCUUGAUCGUCGGACCAAGUCGGUGCCAAGUUCAUUCCGCAAAUCCCAUUCCCAAAAAUUAGCAGAGGCAAUCGCCCCAUUGAUUUCAACCCGCUUUCGAAAACGUUUUUCAAGUUCAUACUCCCACAUUUUUUUUUGCUGUGCUUUCAACGCGAGUUUGAAAUAAACAAAAAAAAUUAACAAAAUUAAAACAAAGAUUUAACACCCAAAAAAAACUCGAAAACGCCAAGAAAAUACAACACACAUUUGAAUCGAGUCCGGAACCCAAAAAAAAAAGAAUUACCACCAGCAGUAGCAGCAGCGAAACCGGCGGCACAUUUACUAUGUGGUCGAUGGCAAAAUGACCCUCCUGUCGAACAUUCUCGACUGCGGAGGCUGUAUUUCCGCCCAGCGCUUCACCCGCCUGCUGCGCCAGUCCGGCUCAUCGGGACCAUCCCCAUCUGCACCGGCGCCCGGAACAUUUGAAUCCAAAUCCAUGCUGGAGCCGACAUCCUCGCACAGCCUGGCGACCGGACGCGUGCCACUCCUGCACGAUUUCGAUGCCACGACAACGGAAUCGCCGGGAACCCAUGUCCUCGACGGUGUCGCCAGGGUGGCCCAGUUGGCCCUGGAGCCCACCGUCAUGGACGCACUGCCGGAUCCGGACACGGAACAGGUUCUCGGUAAUCUCAACAGCAACGCGCCCUGGAAUCUAACGCUUGCGUCGGCGGCGGCCACCAAUUUCGAGAACUGCUCGGCGCUUUUUGUCAAUUACACCCUACCACAAACAGGACUCUACUGCAAUUGGACCUGGGACACAUUGCUCUGCUGGCCACCCACUCCGGCUGGAGUCCUCGCACGGAUGAAUUGUCCCGGCGGCUUUCAUGGCGUCGAUACGCGCAAAUUCGCCAUCCGAAAGUGCGAGCUGGAUGGCCGAUGGGGCAGCAGGCCAAAUGCCACGGAGGUGAGUCCGCCGGGAUGGACGGACUACGGGCCGUGUUACAAGCCGGAGAUUAUCCGACUCAUGCAGCAGAUGGGCAGCAAGGACUUCGAUGCCUACAUAGACAUUGCCAGGAGGACUCGGACCCUGGAGAUCGUUGGCCUCUGCCUCUCCCUGUUCGCCCUGAUAGUCUCCCUGCUGAUCUUCUGCACAUUUCGCUCGCUGCGAAACAAUCGCACCAAGAUCCACAAGAACCUCUUCGUCGCCAUGGUGCUGCAGGUGAUCAUCCGCCUGACCUUGUACCUCGACCAGUUCCGGCGGGGAAACAAGGAGGCGGCCACCAACACGAGUCUCUCCGUCAUUGAGAACACGCCCUAUUUGUGCGAGGCAUCCUAUGUACUGCUGGAGUACGCUCGCACCGCCAUGUUCAUGUGGAUGUUCAUCGAGGGCCUUUACCUGCACAACAUGGUCACGGUGGCCGUUUUCCAGGGCAGCUUUCCCCUCAAGUUCUUCUCGCGACUCGGCUGGUGUGUGCCCAUUCUGAUGACCACCGUGUGGGCGAGAUGCACGGUCAUGUAUAUGGACACCUCGCUGGGCGAGUGCUUGUGGAACUAUAAUCUCACGCCCUACUACUGGAUCCUCGAGGGGCCACGACUAGCGGUCAUACUGCUCAACUUCUGUUUCCUGGUGAACAUUAUCCGUGUGCUGGUGAUGAAGCUGCGUCAAUCGCAGGCCAGCGACAUAGAACAGACUCGCAAGGCCGUUAGAGCGGCUAUAGUCCUACUACCACUUUUGGGUAUAACCAAUCUCCUGCACCAGCUGGCUCCUCUGAAAACGGCCACGAACUUCGCGGUCUGGUCGUAUGGCACCCACUUUCUCACCUCGUUUCAGGGAUUUUUUAUAGCGCUAAUUUACUGCUUUCUAAAUGGCGAGGUUCGUGCCGUGCUACUGAAGAGUCUGGCCACCCAGCUGUCGGUGCGUGGUCAUCCGGAGUGGGCGCCGAAAAGGGCAUCUAUGUACUCGGGUGCUUAUAACACGGCGCCGGAUACGGAUGCAGUGCAGCCUGCAGGAGAUCCAUCGGCCACUGGAAAGCGAAUAUCACCGCCGAAUAAAAGGCUGAAUGGAAGGAAGCCGAGCAGUGCCAGCAUCGUGAUGAUCCACGAGCCUCAACAGCGCCAGCGACUGAUGCCCCGGAUGCAAAACAAGGCGCGGGAAAAGGGCAAGGACCGGGUGGAGAAGACGGAUGCGGAAGCGGAGCCGGAUCCGGCCAUAUCCCGCAUUCACAGCAAGGAGGCGGGCAGCGCGAGAUCGCGGACUCGCGGCUCCAAGUGGAUAAUGGGCAUCUGCUUCCGGGGUCAAAAGGACAAAUGUGUGAUGCCGGGCUCGCAAAAGACGCAGCAAAUAUUCAUGACGUCGCAAAUGCCGCCGACGUCGACGCUGGCAGCGGUCGCAACAACAAUUACCACAACAUCAACAACAACAACCGCAGCGGCAGCCAAAACAACAAUAGCAUCCAUUGCAACCAUCGCGACGAUAACAAAGUCGAAGGCGAAAGCCAAAGCGAUUUCGAAGAGCCAUCAAAUACAAAUGCCGAAAGCCUAGUGCAUCUCGCUCUUUUUACCGCUCACACCAGCAACACACACCGAAACACAAUACUCACGUCCAACCGCAGGCGCAACUGUUCUUAAACUAACUGAAAUGCCGCGAAGUAUGCUCUCUUAGUGCAAGCAGCGAGUUCGAUAAGUCGGAUAUCGAUCGAUACACGACACACACACACAUACAUACAUAUAUCCUAUAUUUUUGUAUAUUUACCAACAGCAGUUGGGCCACAGUUUUUUUUGCACAUGUGUAUGGGAGUGCGCUGAUGAAUGUAACUGUUAAUCUUUUUUUUCUAAAUAAGCUCAAUAUACAUAGAUGUAACGGUAUUUACAAGAGCAUAGAUAAAGCAUACAUAUUUACAUACCUGUUAUUUACACGGAUGCAAGCAGAAGAGAAAUGUCGGAGAGUAGUUCGUACAUAUAAUACGAGUAUAUAUGUACAUAAGUACAUACAUAUGUGCAUUAUGUAUGUACACACAUAACGAGAGUACAAAGCACAUGGAAUGGUAACGAGGAACAAACAGAAACAAACGGAAAUUGAACGUAUCACAUCAUCUGAUCUGCGAUCAGUGCGAAUGUCGAAUAUUCAUUACCCUAGCUUUAAGCUUACAGUGCAUUUUAAGUGGAAUAUCUUGUGUGUGGAAUCGUGUUUGUUUUCAGUUUUUAGUUUGGUUUCCUACUCGCUUCACGCAAUUUCGAAACUAAGAAUUCAAGCCGAAUUUAAAAAGAGAGGAACCUAAGAACCAGAUCCCCAGUGGUCGUCAAUGGCAAACUAUUACGUGUAUAAGGCUAGAUGGAAAAUGAAUAAACUUGAUUUUAUAUGCAUACAUCUAAACUUCA